AUGAAGUCUUUCGUUGCACUCUCCCUCCUAUCGGCGGGAGUCAACGCCUUUCCCUGGGUCGCCCACGCUCCCGGCGUAGACUCCUCUGCGCUGCACAGCGUCGAAAAGCGCCAGCAAGCUCCUCAACCUGGUGGUCCAGGAAGCGCUGAGACAUGCCCUUUUAACGCUCAACACGUCGAUGCCGUGCCUGUUAAGCAGGGACAGUACAACAACGCUCGAGGUGGCCGCAAGGGUAAUGAGAAGGGUGGCUACCAAGUUCCACGACCAGAUGAUCUUGAUCACCAAUUUAUUGCUCCGAGACCAGGAAUCGAUAUUCGUGGUCCUUGCCCUGGACUGAAUGUUGCUGCAAACCAUGGUUUCCUUGCACGAGAUGGUGUUACGACUUUCAAUGAAUUGGUCGAUGCGCAACAAAAUGUCUACAAUGUUGGCUACGACCUUUCUCUCUUGCUAGCUUUCUUGGGCCUUCAGGCAGAUGGUGAUUUGGUCACUACUAAGCUCUCUAUUGGCUGCGAUGCAACCACACGCACGUCCAUCAACCCAGCCUUAACCGGCAGCCAGCCAGGCCUAGCAGGCCACAACAAAUUCGAAGCCGACACCUCUCUCACGCGCAACGACUUCUUCACGGGAGGAGGCGACAACUUCUCAUUCAACCGCACGUUAUUCGACAUGAUGUCUCGCUCCACAGGCGGUCUCCACAACGUCGAAAACCUCGCCAAAUACCGCGGAGAGCGCUGGGACCAGUCCGUUCUAGAGAACAACAACUUCUUCUUCGGCCCCCUAUCUCUCCUCCUCUUCGGCGCAGCCUCCUUCUUAUACGAACUGAUGCCUUCGGGACCAAAUUACAUCCCCGACCAAGAAACUAUGAACUCGUUCUUUAUCCGCGAACGUCUCCCUGAGAAUUGGAUUAAUCGUGUGGAGCCUUAUACUAACAGACUUGUGACGCGCGAGAUUUUGAAAAUGUAUUUGCUCAACCCACGUCCUUUUGGUGCGAAUACUGCCGAUGGAGGUUUUACGGGUCUCAAUUGGAGACAGAUCCAGAACGGGAAAUUGGAACUUAGUGUUGAGGCUCCCGAGACUCUUUGUUUGCUUUACCAGCUUGCCACGCAGGUGCAGCCUUCGACUCUUAAUGGUGUUAUUACGCCGACUGUCGAGGCUUUGUCGUUCUUCCUUACCCGUGUCGGCCCUGAGUUUGAUAACCUUGGUUGUGCGCGUCCAUUGACCAAGUAA